GGCGUUGUCGCCAUGGCAACGACGCAUUUCCUGCGGCGGUUUGAAUUCGGGUGACGUCACAAAGGUAACGGUCGGGCCGGCGGAAGGAGGAGCCGCCAUGUUGUGCGGGAGGCUGGGCUGAGGCUCGGAGCGGGGCCGCAGAGCUGACAAAUUGGUAAAAACCUAGUGACAUUUAUCUCCCUUAACUAUGGAUCAAGACUAUGAAAGGCGCCUUUUACGACAAAUUAAUGUUCAGAAUGAGAACAUGGUACCUUGUAUAUCAGAAGUUAGAAGAACAUUAACACCUUCCAAUUCACCAGUAUCAUCACCAAGUAAAAGUGGCGAUCGGUUUAUUCCAUCAAGAGCAGCAGCUAACUGGAGUAUAAACUUCCACAGAAUAAAUGAAAAUGAAAAGUCACCCAGCCAAAACAGAAAAGCAAAAGACGUAACUUCUGACACUGGCAAAGAUGGACUUGCUUAUUCUGCAUUACUUAGAAAUGAAUUGCUUGGAGCAGGGAUUGAAAAGGUUCAGGACCCUCAAACUGAAGAUAGGAGAUUACAGCCUUCAACCCCUGAAAAGAAAAGUUUAUUUAAGUAUUCUCUUAGCACAAAGCGUGCAAGUCCUGAUGACGGGAAUGACAUUUCUCCUUAUUCCUUAUCUCCUGUUAGCAAUAAAAGCCAAAAAUUGUUGCGGUCACCAAGAAAACCUACUCGAAAAAUCUCAAAGAUUCCAUUUAAAGUUCUUGAUGCACCAGAACUUCAGGAUGACUUUUACUUAAAUCUUGUAGACUGGUCUUCCCUAAAUGUAUUAAGUGUUGGACUUGGUACCUGUGUGUACCUUUGGAGUGCCUGUACGAGCCAGGUGACCAGACUGUGUGACCUUUCUAUAGAUGGAGAUUCUGUGACAUCAGUUGGCUGGUCAGAGAGAGGAAACUUGGUAGCUGUUGGAACGCACAAAGGAUACGUUCAAAUUUGGGAUGCAGCUGCAGGGAAGAAAUUAUCCACACUUGAAGGUCACUCUGCUAGAGUGGGGGCCUUGGCAUGGAAUGCAGAUCAGCUGUCAUCAGGAAGUAGGGAUCGUCUUAUUCUCCAGAGAGAUAUUCGCACCCCACCAUUGCAAUCUGAGCGGCGGCUUCAGGGUCACAGGCAGGAAGUUUGUGGUUUGAAGUGGUCGACGGAUCACCAGCUUCUGGCUUCUGGAGGAAAUGACAACAAGCUUCUGGUAUGGAAUAACUCCAGUUCAGGUCCAGUGCAGCAGUAUACAGAGCAUCUUGCAGCUGUGAAAGCCAUUGCCUGGUCUCCCCAUCAACAUGGCCUCCUUGCAUCAGGUGGUGGAACUGCAGACCGAUGCAUUCGAUUCUGGAAUACACUUACCUCUCAGCCUUUGCAGUGCAUAGAUACAGGUUCGCAGGUGUGCAACCUUGCCUGGUCCAAACAUGCAAAUGAACUAGUGAGUACUCAUGGAUAUUCACAAAAUCAAAUCCUGGUGUGGAAGUAUCCAUCAUUGACACAAGUAGCCAAAUUGACUGGGCAUUCAUACAGAGUGCUAUACUUGGCAAUGUCCCCAGAUGGAGAAGCCAUAGUCACUGGUGCUGGAGAUGAAACAACUCCGAUUCUGAAUGUUUUUAGUAAAACUCGUUCACUAAGUGCAAUUAUCUCCAAUUCUUCUGAACUCCAGCGAGUAUAG